AUGGCUUCAUCGCAAGGGAAGAGUGAGCUGAAAUUCGCAGACUGGAUGGCAACUUUGCCAGAAAGCAUCUACAGCCUCCCCCUCACCAACCUAGCGAUCCCAGGGUCUCACGACUCCUUUAGCUUCUACAUCGACGAAGCCUCUCCAGUUGGACCUGAACAACCAGAAACUGUCCAGAAUUUUGUCUCCGUAUUUGGGACUGUGGCUAAAAAGUUGAUGAGAAAGUGGUUGGCAACACAGACGAUGAACUUUACUAGCCAGCUGGGUGCAGGUAUACGAUAUUUUGAUCUCAGAAUUUCCACCAAACCCAGAGAUCCUGACAAUGAACUUUACUUUGCUCAUGGUUUAUUCAGUGCCAAAGUCAAUGAGGGCCUUGAAGAGAUCAAUGCAUUUCUGACUGACCACCAUAAGGAAGUGGUCUUCUUGGACUUCAAUCAUUUCUAUGGGAUGCAGAAAUAUCAUCAUGAGAACCUGGUCCAAAUGCUCAAAGGCACCUUUGGAAAUAAAAUGUGCCCUGCUAUAUUUGCCCAAGAAGUAAGUCUCCAGUACCUGUGGGAGAAGGAUUACCAAGUGUUGGUAUUUUAUCACAGUCCAGUCGCUCUUGAGGUACCAUUUCUUUGGCCAGGGCAGAUGAUGCCAGCUCCUUGGGCAAACACAACAGACCCAGAAAAACUGAUUCAGUUUCUUCAGGCAUCAAUCAUUGAGAGAAGAAAGAAGGGCUCCUUUUUUAUAUCUCAAGUGGUGCUGACCCCCAAAGCUAGUACUGUGGUUAAGGGUGUUACUAGUGGACUCAGAGAAACAAUCACAGAAAGGGCUCUUCCUGCAAUGAUGCAUUGGGUCCGAACUCAGAAACCAGGAGAAAGUGGUAUCAAUAUUAUCACUGCUGAUUUUGUAGAACUUGGUGACUUUAUCAGCACUGUCAUAAAACUCAACUAUAUCCUGGAUGAAGGCGAAGCUGAUACUACUUGAUACUACUGCAAUAUAUUUGUUGUUCAUUGAGUAGAUUUAAAAAGAAAACCCAAUUGUAUUAGAAAAAAAUAUAUUGUAACAUACAGAUCUUCCUAUAACACU